AAGAAGAAGAAACAUUAUUCAUGAGAAAGACUUUUAAAAAGUCUGAGGACCAUUGGAGUCAUCACCAAAUUGGAUCUUAUGGAUGAAGGAACGGACGCCAGGGAUGUUCUAGAGAACAAGCUACUGCCUCUUCGCAGGGGUUACGUGGGGGUGGUAAACAGAAGCCAGAAGGACAUAGAUGGGAAGAAGGACAUCAAAGCAGCCAUGUUGGCAGAAAGGAAAUUUUUCCUUUCCCACCCAGCUUAUAGACACAUUGCUGACCGAAUGGGGACUCCACACCUGCAGAAGGUCCUUAAUCAGCAACUUACCAACCACAUUCGAGAUACCCUGCCAAACUUCAGGAACAAGUUACAGGGACAGUUGCUCUCCAUAGAACAUGAAGUAGAAGCCUACAAAAACUUCAAACCAGAAGACCCCACCAGGAAGACCAAAGCAUUGCUACAAAUGGUUCAGCAAUUUGCGGUGGACUUUGAGAAGAGAAUUGAAGGAUCAGGAGAUCAAGUAGACACUCUGGAACUCUCAGGUGGUGCUAAAAUCAAUCGUAUUUUCCAUGAACGCUUCCCUUUUGAGAUAGUAAAGAUGGAGUUCAAUGAGAAAGAAUUGCGAAGAGAAAUAAGCUAUGCAAUCAAAAACAUACAUGGUAUCAGGACAGGGUUGUUUACUCCAGACAUGGCAUUUGAAGCAAUAGUGAAGAAACAGAUUGUGAAGCUGAAGGGGCCUUCCUUGAAGAGUGUAGAUCUGGUAAUACAAGAAUUAAUCAACACUGUCAAGAAAUGUACCAAAAAACUGGCAAACUUCCCCAGACUCUGUGAGGAAACAGAGAGGAUUGUUGCUAACCACAUUCGUGAGCGAGAAGGGAAGACGAAGGACCAGGUUCUGCUGUUGAUUGACAUCCAGGUCUCCUACAUCAACACCAACCAUGAGGACUUCAUUGGCUUUGCAAAUGCUCAGCAGAGGAGCAGUCAGGUUCACAAGAAGACCACGAUUGGAAACCAGGUGAUUCGCAAGGGGUGGCUGACCAUCAGCAACAUUGGCAUCAUGAAAGGGGGCUCCAAGGGAUACUGGUUUGUCCUUACUGCGGAAAGCUUGUCCUGGUAUAAAGAUGAUGAGGAGAAAGAAAAGAAGUACAUGCUUCCCUUGGACAACCUGAAGGUUCGGGAUGUGGAGAAAAGCUUUAUGUCUAGCAAGCACAUCUUUGCCCUCUUUAACACAGAGCAAAGGAAUGUGUACAAAGACUAUCGCUUCCUUGAGCUGGCGUGUGAUUCGCAGGAGGAUGUGGACAGCUGGAAGGCAUCUCUACUGAGAGCUGGAGUCUAUCCUGACAAAUCUUUAGGGAACAACAAAACUGAAAAUGACGAGAAUGGCCAAGCAGAAAACUUUUCCAUGGACCCGCAAUUGGAGAGGCAAGUGGAGACCAUUCGCAACCUCGUAGAUUCCUACAUGUCUAUUAUCAACAAAUGUAUCCGAGACCUAAUUCCAAAAACGAUAAUGCAUCUUAUGAUCAAUAACGUUAAGGAGUUCAUAAACUCAGAGCUCCUAGCCCAGCUCUAUUCUUCCGAGGACCAAAAUACUCUGAUGGAGGAAUCUGCUGAGCAGGCUCAGCGCCGAGAUGAGAUGCUUCGAAUGUACCAGGCCCUUAAAGAGGCCCUUGUGAUCAUCGGGGACAUCAACACGGCCACCGUGUCCACCCCUGCCCCGCCUCCAGUGGACGACUCCUGGAUCCAGCACUCUCGCAGGUCGCCUCCCCCGAGCCCCACGGCCCAAAGGAGGCCCACGCUGAGCGCCCCCCUCGCCAGGCCCACAUCCGGCCGGGGACCGGCCCCCGCCAUCCCUCCUCCGGGCCCCCACGCCGGGGCGCCCCCAGUGCCCUUCCGUCCGGGCCCGCUGCCGCCUUUUCCCAGCAGCAGCGACGCCUUCGGGGCCCCUCCGCAGGUGCCGUCGCGGCCCGCCAGGGCCCCGCCCAGCGUCCCCAGCCGGAGACCACCCCCAUCACCAACUCGUCCCACUAUAAUCCGUCCACUAGAAUCCUCCCUGUUAGACUAAAUGAAGUGUCUGGCAUGGCUAUUAACCACUAAUGAAUUACGUGAACGCAACAUAUUUGAUAACCGUUGCAGUAAACCAUGAGUAGUCGCAUGUGUGGACAUCAGUAGGCAAGUAACCAGUUUUACUAAUGCAGUCAUCACUUAUCUUCAUUGCUCAAGGUAUGGCAAACCUUUGGGGUUUGACUCUUGAAAAUUACUGAUGCAUGGAGGCUUUAUGUCAUACUGACUGAAGGAGGUUUGCAUAGCAGCUCUGAUUCGGAGACCAUUUGCCUACCCUGGCAUAUAUUUGAGAUUACUUUGGACAAGUUUUCCAGGCUAUCUAUCAGGUAGCUCACUAAAUUCAAUUCUUAACAGGUAUGAGCUAGUGGGCUUAGACCUAAGCCAUACUUACUUCUUUUCCCAUGUUCUGUUUAGGAUGACAGUAAUUCUGUUGUCUGUUAUUAAUGCUACCACCUACCCCAGAAUUACAUAUUUAGCUCCUCUUUCCUUCCUGUUUGUUUCAUAAGACUGCUAGGAAGUGCUUUAAAAAAAAAAUUAGGAUUCCUUAAGAAUAAAACUUUUCCAGAAGCACAAGGUAGUCUGCAAAGGAAAAGUCUGCAUUGUUUGCUCUAGAGAGCUUCUCCUCAUGCCAUCGUGAUUUGCUUCAUGCUAGAAGCAUAUGCAAUAAUGAAUCAAAGCUUUUGUUAAUAGGUUCAUAAGUUUGAGUAGUUAGUUUCAGAGUUCAAGGAAGAAGCAAAAUAUCACACCUCUAGAAGUGUCCGGAAAAUAUAAUUUUUUAAUUUACUUAUAUAUUCACCUUCUGGUAGGUUACUUGGAAGACUUACAUGGAAAAUGUUUAAUUUUUCUAACUGACCUCGUUUUUGGCAUAGCUAACUGCACUUUGAUACUGACUCCAGUUUUUUAAUUAUUAUUUUGGUGAAAAAAAAUUUCUUUCCAUGCUAAUUUGUAAGUUCCUUGUAUAUGAAUUUAUCCUAUCUUUAAAACAGGCUUAAUGUAACUUCUUGUCCAUUCUAGGCUUUCUUAGUAAAUCUUGAGACUUAUUCUGGGAUAAUUUCAUUUAAAGCAUGGUACCUGAAAUGAAAAGCCCACAGAGGAUGCCGUGGUGAGGACAGAGCUUACACCUUGACAGUUGUACUGCUUCAGAGGCCCUGUCGGCUCACUCCAGAAGAUGGUAUUGAAACAUUGGGGUCUAAAACAGAAUUUAUCAGAGCAGUUUAGCCCAGAAGUUAGUAGUUCAGUCUUGAGGAAAAUAUUUGGACUGUCUAGGACCAGAUGAUUCACAUGUAGGAAACAACCAGAAGCCAACUGGAAUUUUGUCUGCUAACUGUUCCCAGAUAGCAGAGCUAGGAUCCACUGAGCAGGGGUGUCCCAUGACACCAUUUCAUAUUCUACAGAAGUAAAUCAGGUUUCACCAGUGGAAAGGUCUCCCUUUGAAAGUAGCAUACAUGAUUUGUAUGUUAACUUAACUUUAAUUUCCUGUGUCGUUUAUACCCAGAGCAGACACCCAUAAAGUAUCAAGUAAAAGCAUUUAACCAUUAUUAAAAAGAGAACUUGCCUUGUUGCAUGACAUUGUGUUGAACUUACUCUAAAGGCUUACAGCUAGCCUCCCUCCAAAAGUCAGAGAAUACAAGAUUUACAAAAAUGGCACUUCAACUUUUAAAGUUAUAAAUAAUUGUGUUUUUUUUUUUAUUUUAAUCACCAUCCUAAGUCCUCUUUUAUCUUCUUUUCAUUGGGAAAAAAAAUGUAACUCUGUGAAUGGAACCAAUGUGCUGGAUAUAUACUGUAUUUUAAAAAUAGCUAAAUGGAAAACCUUUAAAUAUCCAUAGUAAAACAAAAAUUCGCAGUGAAAUAUUUCAUAGAAUGUCCUCUUUUUAGGAUUCCCUUUGCUUCUUCCUUCGAAUUCUCUAAAAUCGGCAGCUAAUGGAUUAUAUACUUCAGAGUUUGGCUUUGUGCUAAAUGUGGUUUCACAUUUUGCUGUAUUUCAAAAAUUUCCUUCUGUUAAAAGAAAAUAUUGUAGAUAACCACUGGUGUGUUCUUAGGUCAGCACAAACCAUGUCAGUAAUAUUGGAGGGUUUUUCCCAAGUUUCUUUCUACAGAUCUUAGGCGGUGAUAAACAGUGGCAUUUGUCAUCUUUGCCUUUUGCUUUCAGAUUGUAGUCUCACAGUUGCACUGUCCCAGUCAUCUCCCUUUGUGGGUACAUUUUUAUUUUUUCCUCCUAAGUUAUCUUUAAUAGGACCCAGCCUAUCAUGGAAUUUCAGCAGUCACAUUGGAGAAUAUUUUCAGUUUGCUGCAGUACUAGGUAUGUUACUAGUGUGAGUCCCACUUCCCAAAGGUUUUGUAUCCUACUACAAGGAGACGCCAGUGUGAAUGAAGUCUGAAGUUCUAGGGUGUGAGGUGCAGCGUGUGCAUCAGGCCUUCAGAUGGGAAUGUGGCUUCAUGAGCUUUCUGACUUUUCCCAUACCACUUCUAAUCUUUUGUGUAACUUCCUCUUAACUGAUUGCUCUGAUGUUGUCAACACAAUAGAUGUAGCGCUAUCAUAAUUUUAAAAUGCAGUAUUUUUAGGAUUUGGAAAAAUAAACUAUAUAUGUUUAUUUGAUAGGUAAAUCUGUUUAUUGUCACAUGCUAAAUCUUGCAUGCAUAUUGGCUAAUUGGAAUAACAUUUACUCAAUGAUGGAUUAUUGAAAUAGUAUUGCUUUAGAACAGGUAUACUGCAUUUCUAAAAAUCAUCAAUCAAGGUUACUCUUCUGAAUAUUGCUUUUAGCUAUGUUCUAUAACCUAGAAGAGCAGUAGGUUCUGUUUAUUAUCAAGUUUCCUAUUUGUUCAGAUACAAACUCAUUCUAUCCCAAAAUGUUAUAAUGAAACCAGUUCCUGUGAUAUAACUGUAAGCCUUCUGAACUUAGUAUUAAAAAGUAGUCACGUAGAUUAAUUUGGUGACCUUUUAGUAUAGAUGGUAGCCAUAAUUCUCAAAUAUGAAAUGGGACCUAAUACCAGUAUGUGAUAAAUGUUGAUGUUUUCUAUGUACAACACAUUUUCUAUGCAUGUGUCUCUGUGUAUACAGUAUAUACAUAGUAAACUUGUUUCUGUAGGUGCAUAUAUUUUGUGUCCUUUUGAGUAGGUAGAUUUAAAAGCACUUGUUAACAUGCCACAAGCAUGAGUGUGAGUGUAUGUGCAUUGUAUAUAUAUAUGUAUAUGUUUGGGUGUAAAUGCCUAUGUAUACAUGUGCGUAGUAUAUGUGGAGUAUCAAUAUAUUUUUUAAAGUGUGCUGAUACAAGAGAGAGCUUUGGAUAAUCUACUAUAACAUGUGAUAACAGUGAUUCCUGUCUCAUAACAUACAUGAGGUAUACAAAAUUUUCUAACUCCAGAUUGUGGUCAUUCUGAGAGGCACAAAGCUCAUAUGGUAAUGUCCAAAAACAUUUGUAUGUAAAUCCGCAGCACUGCUAUUUAAGAGGGAAUCUUCUUUGACAGUAUUGUUUCAAAAGUGAAAGAUCUAGAGACUUACUUUUAUGAUCUCUAGUUCAAAUUAUGUUAUUUUUGGAUUGCUAAGUGAGCUGAAUUUUAGAAAGCUGAGUUGAUCUACAUAGUCAUUUUUUUUUAACAUGGCAAAUGUGAACAAAAUAGAGGGAUACGGCAAUAUAAUAGCAGCAGUGGAUUUUUCGGAGUAAAUUAGUUAUUUAGUACCUUGAAGGCAGGUCAUCAGCUUUUUUAAGUAAACAUUUUCCAUUUGGCAAAUAGUAUAAUUAUGUGAAAGUGACAAGAAUGUCCUUAGAAUGAAGAAUAAAACCUUGAUAGUAGGUCUCUGAACUCUUGAACUCAAUGAGGUAAGAUAGCGUGUGCAACUAAAGCCAUGAGUUUUGUGUCAUUUAACCUAGAAGACGACUAGCUGUGAGCUCAGAGUUUAAAGUGGAUGAAGCUAGAUGAUUUUGGACAAACAGUUGUUCGUUUACCAGAUCACUCAUUCCUCUCUUAAAAAAAAAAACAAAAAACCCCCAAAAAACUCAAAUGUGUCUUCUAGAUAAUCUCAUUCAUCCUGUCUAGUUGGUAUGCUUAAAAUUAUGUGGUGCUCUGUGUUGAAACUUUGAGAAUAUUUUUGAGGUAUACAUAGUAUACACAUUGCAAUUUGUGUAUGUGUAUGUGUAUACUCAUACAUAUAUCUAUGAGAGAAUGUGUGUAUGUGAGGGCAUGAGAGAGGAAACUCGAGGGAAUCUCCUGUUGGCUGAAGACUUACUCAUACUGGUAUCCUGGCGAGACCUCUCACCUCUCUGCUUGAGGGUUUCACACAUGGCUCAUCUCAAGGCAGUCAUUUUUUUCAGUUUUCACUCUUGGAUUCUUUAAAGUUUGUUCUUUAUGUAAUGUUUUUAAAUUGUGACAAAAUUACUCUAUCUAACCUCUUGCAUUGUCUGCUGCCAAUUUGUUAAAAAACUCUCCCUCUGACCAGGAGCUUCCACCACCAUUACUUGAUCUGUGUCGUGGAUCACAUGCACAGUUUUGUUUUGCUAGCUUGUCUGUUUCUUUCUCUCCCUUUUUUGGAGUCAAAUUUCUCUUUUUCUUUUCUUCUUUUUUUGUUUAAUGAAGAAGGAGUAUACAACAGCAAAAUCUUGUCUUCUCUGUUGAUUCCUUAAUUAAUGUGAGCCAGAAUACUUUCCAUGGUUUUCUUGGCAUGUUCAGGAUUUCUUAAUGCUGAUAUAUGGACUCUGUGAAUGGACUUUAUGAGGCAAAUUCCUAAAGCCUGUAUCAUUCUUGAAGGUCACAUGUACCUAUUGUGAAAAUGUGAAACUGUAUUUCUGAACCUGAAAUAAACUGUAACAUUUGAAGGAC